AUGGGCGGCACGCAGGACCAGCGCGACCGCUCGCCGCAGGCGGCGAGGCGGCUGCGCGGCACGCAUCGCUGCCACUCGUGCGGCUCCACGAGCUUCGAGCCCGGCCACGACGGCGGGCUCACCUGCGUGGAUUGCGGCGUGCAGCUGCGCGGCUUCGUGGAGGAGCAGGCGGACGCGGGCGUGGCCGACGGCGCGCAGCUGCGCUAUCGCGUGCACUCGGCAGGUGGGCCGUCGACGCUGGCCGCCGCGACAGUGCAGCCAGAGGCCGCGCUGCCGACAGUGCGGCUCGCCUUUGAGGCGUUCCAGGCGCUGCUGCUCGCGCUGCUGCGGCCGCUCGAGGAGCGGAUCGGCGCGGCGGCGAGCUCGCGCGGCGGCGCCGAUGGCGCGCUGCGCGCCUCGGCGCACUCGCUGUGGAGGCACACCGCGCGCCUCUUCUCCGCACGGCCGCUGGACGAGGAGGUGACGAGCCGGCGGGGCCUGCCCAAGGCUGCGGUGGGCGGCGGGCAGAUCGUGCUGUCCGCGCAGCUCGCGCUCGCGGUGCUGCUGCUCGCGUGCGAGGAGGGCGCCUCCGCCGCGGGCGUCAGCGCGGCUCACCUCGUCGAGUGGUGCCGCGCCGGCCAGCUGCCGCUGCUCUCCUUCGCCCUCACCGCGCCGAGUGCGUACCUGCCGCUGGUCCGCUGGCUGCCGGGCCUGCUCCGCCCGUACGGCAGCGGCUCCUCGGGCAGCAGCUUCCCGACCGCCGACUCGCUCGCCCUCCUCGCAACGCGCCUCCGGAAGGCUCUGCACCUGCGCGCCCCGCCCGUCCGGCUGCAGGUGCUGCUCGGCCGGCUCGCCGCGGACGCCGGCCUGCCCGCCGAGGUUGGUCGUCUGGCGGUGCGGCUCGUCGGGCGGGUGAGCGGCGCCGAGCGGAGUGGCGGCGGAGGCGGGGGCGGAGGCGGAGGCGGAGGCGGGGGCGGAGGCGGAGGCGGAGGCGGAGGCUGGCGUGGGCUGGUUGGCUUUGGGAAGGGGGUCGAGGCGGCGGUGCGGAAGCUCGCGCCGCAGGCGGACGCCGAGAAGGAGUCGGACCUCGCUCUGAGCGGGAGGGCGCAGGUGGCGGGGGCGGCGGCGCUGCUGGUGGCGGUCAAGCUGAGGUGCGACGUGGCCGCGCCGCUGCUCGACUACUGCUCCGCCGGGUCAGGGCAGGCUGCUCCGCCACUGCACCGGGAGGAGGAGGAGGCGGCGGCGGAGGAGGCGGCGGCGCAGCAAGAGACCGCAGCGGAGGAGGAGGAGGAGGAGGAGGAGGCGACGCAACGGCAGAGCGCGGAGGCGACGGAGGAGGAGGAGGAGGAGGCGACGCAACGGCAGAGCGCGGAGGCGACGGAGGAGGAGGAGGAGGAGGCGACGCAACGGCAGAGCGCGGAGGCGACGGAGGAGGAGGAGGCGACGCAGCUUGGUGGUCAUGGCGACGCGGGUGCAGCGGGGGCGGAUGCAGUGGGUGCAGCGGCGGACGCCCCAUCCGCAAGUGGUGCCGCCGGGGAAGACUUUUGGCGUGGGCUGCAGCCGGGCCUGCUGCGAGCGCUGCUCGGCUGCCCGCGGCUGGGUGACCCGCUCCUGCAGGCGGAGGCGGAGGAGGUGCGGGCCCCGCUCCUCUCGGAGAGAGGCGCGGCUGUCGAGGCGCAGGCGGUCGCAGCGGUGCACAGGCUCGCCGCGUGGAGUCCGACCGAGCUGCUGCUUCUGCCGCCCGAGGCGCGGUGCGCGCACGCGGCGUGGGCCGCGCACGAGCUGCUCGACCCGGCCAACCGCGCCCGCCUCUUUGACGAGCAGCUUCACGAGAUCAGCGACUUCGAGUCGCGCGCACGGGGCGCGCUGCAGGCGGUCGCUGCUGCGCCGCCGCCGCCGCCCCUGCCGCCGCCGCUCCCCGUGGGCGAGGAGGAGGGAGUGGCUGAGGCGGCAGGGCUACAGGAGCCCGGGCUCGGCGAUGGGGGCGAUGGCGACGUGUCUUCGCUCCUCGGCGGCGCGAGCGCAGCAUGCGCCGCGCGCCGCUUUGUGCGCUGCGGCUCUCGCGCCGCCGCAGACGGGCCGCGUCACGCGCUAGUCGUGCGGGCGCUGGCUGCGGUGGCGGGCUGCUCCACCGCGCGAAUCGAACGCGCCGCGGAGCUGCUGGAGCGGCGAGCGUUCCCGCCGGUGCGACAGAGGCGGGAGAAGAGGCAGCGUUCGGAGCCGUGGGACCCGCAUCAGCUAGUUGCUUGCAUGGAGGGGUGGGAGGGCUGA